AUGCCUUGUAUUGUUAAAGUGAGAAUAUCUGGUAUAAGAGAUUUUAAUACCUUUGAAAAAUCGGAAAUUGAUUCUUUUAAAUAUAUUGAAGUUACAUUAGGAGAAACAAAACAAAGAACAAAGUUCAAUAUUAAUAGAAACACAAAUGAUUUAAAUUUAUCAUUUCGAUUAGAAAUAGCAGAUGAUUCAGAACUUCAAACUUGUCCACUUAAAAUAAUAAUAGAUGAUGUAGAAAAUAUAAAUAAUGGAUAUAUUCAAAUAGAUUUCAGCUUUUUUUAUUUCCACGAUAAUUUAAAAUUGGAAGGAUGGUUUCCCUUAUAUGAUUCUUUAGCUGGACUAAAAGGUGAGCUAUAUUGUAUUAUAAAAUGGGAAUUUUUUGAAGAAAAAAAUCCUUACAAUGACAAUAGUGCAGAUGUUUUACUUUUGGGUACUACAUCAUUUCCAAAUAAUUCACCUUAUCAUAUAGAACAAAUAAUAGAUUUUGCACAUGAACUUAAAAUAGUUAAUGACCCAGAAUAUGAUUGGAAGGAUUUGAUUAGAUCAAAUAGAAAUUCUAAUGAAGCAAGGUGUGACGUUAUACAAAAUUCUUUUAUGCAAACAAGAAAAAUAAUAGGAAAAAAGGCUAAAUUAUUAGGUGGAAAUGCAAUUUUAGGUUAUCAAGAACACCUAAAUUUAGAAGGAAGUACAACAAACAAAAUAUGUAUUCGGAUUAUAGGAACUGUUGUGAAAUUAAGAAAAAAUAGUUUUAAUGAUAUAAAUUAUUGCAACUUCAUUGAAAAAGACAGUAUAAAAAAUAUUCUGAGAAAUAAUGAAUUGUUCUUUGAAAAUAAUUACGUUAAAAAUAAAGAUGAAAAUUUUAAUAAAAGAGAAAACACGCGUCCUUAUUCAUCAUAUAAUUAUGUGGAUGUAAUUUUGCUUACUCUUGAUUCAUUACCAAAUAAUAUAAAGUAUACUUAUGGUGGUUUAGUUGCAUCCAAAGCUGUUAAAGUUUUACACCAAAGAGUAACAGAAGAUCAUAGAGAUGAAUGGCUAUUAGAAAUUAGAGAUGAACUAAAAUCAAAUGCCAAAUUUUUAUCGUGUAAUGCUAUUUUAGGUUAUAAAGAAGACAUAUAUAUUUUUAAUGAUGUAAUAGUUUUGUAUUGCUAUGGAACAGCAAUAAAUAUAUUCUCUUGUUUUUUUUUUGAUGAUAAAAUAAUUUCAUUUGUAAAUAAUGAAGAUAAAUUAAAAUAUAAUUAUAUAAAUUUAGAUAAAGAUACAAACUGUAUUUAUUUACAUUAUUCCUCAAAUGAGAUAGAAAAUAAUAAAGUUCUUUGUAGAAUGUGUAAUGAGGCGUUUGUGCCGAAAAUUUUUAUAUCAUCUUCAAAUAUUCCUGAAGAUCUAGCCAUAAUUGGAAAUGGUUUUUUAAUUUCAGCAUUUGUUGUAUAUCCUUUAAAAAAACAUUAUGGUGAAUAUCUUGCCUCUGAAAUAAGUGAAAUAUUACCUUUUUUAGAAUUAAAUUUACAUAAACAAAUCAUUUGUAAAUUAUUAGUAAAUGGUUUUAAUAGUAUUUUUGAUUAUAAUUUAAAAUUAUGUUUUAAUCAUAACUACUUAUUUGGUUUUUGUCAUGGUACUGGUAUAUGUACGUAUGGAAUAUAUUCUGAAAAUAAAUUUUUAAUUAAAUCAAACUAUAAAGAUAAUUUUUAUAUAAAAAAUAAAUACAUGAGUGCAAGUGAAUUAAAAACAAUUUAUGACAAUAUAAAUUACAGAUCCUUUUUUAGUAAAAAUAAAAGUUUAAUUUCUCCUAUUUUCAUUAAAGGUCAUAUUGUUAAUAACAAUGAUAUUAGAAACAAAACAAAAGAAACUAAUAAAAUCAUAACCCUUGAUUUAGAUAAAAAAAAAAAAGAUAUAUUUUAUGAUGAGAAAAAGAACUUAAUAAAUUAUAAUAAAUUUGAAAAUGAAGAAGAUUGCAAUGAUAAUAAUUAUAAGAUUACAAAUAAUAAUUAUUUCAGAUUGAAAGAAAUAUAUAUAAAAAAAGAAAAUGAUUUAAAUGAAUCUAAUGAUAGUGAGACUAUGAAAAAUAUUAAUUAUACCUGUAAUAAAGAUAAUGAUGUUGAUAAUUUAAAUUUAGAAAUAAAGAAAAAGAAAAAGAAGAAAAAAAAGAAAAAAGAAAAAUACAAAGCUAAAAAGAACAAAAAUAAAAGUUACAUUUAUGAGGUAGAAGAUCAUCUUGAUAAUAUAACCUUGUUAAAUAUUUAUCAUGAUAUAAUUACCUUAUAUAAUUAUAUUUUUAAUUUAGAUGCUAAAAUUUUUCUUUUAAAAAAAAUGAAUACUAAUAUUGUCUCUACAAAAAAAAAUAUAUGUUAUUCAAACUUAUUGGAACCAGUGUAUCAUAUAAAAAAUUCAGAAAUAAAAUAUAAUGAAUUUAAAAAGGUUAAAGAGAUAGAUAAAGUAAAAAAUAAUGAAAAUAGAAGUGAUAAUAAUAAGAAAAAGAAUAAUUCUACAAAUGAUGGUAAUAAAAAAAGUAAAUAUACUCAUAAUAGCAGAAAAAAUAGUGUUAAUACUAAUAAUACUGUUGGAAAAGAAAACAAUAGUAGUAUUAAUUGUGUCAAAUUUUCAAACAGCCAUAUUCAAAAAAAAAAAUUUUCUUUUUUAGAAACAAAAAACAAACUAAAUAUUAAUAAAAAUACAAAUUAUAGAGACAGUAUUAAUAAUAAAAGUAAAAAAUUAGAAAAGAAACAUUUAGGCAAUGAAAUGAGAGAAUCCGAACAUAUAGAACAAGAAAAAAAUGAUAUAUAUAAGGAACAAUUAGAUAAAACAAAAAAAGAGAAAAUGACGAAAGAAUCGAAAAAGAAUAAUGGAAAUGAGAAAGAAAAAAAAAGAAGCAAAUUUAAUAUUUUAGAGAGUGAAAAUAAUAACGAAAAAAACAAAUAUAACAUUUUAAUAAAAGAAGAAGACGAUAGUUCUAUUAAGAAAAUGAAUAAUUAUAUGAUAAGUGAGUUUAAUGAGAAAAAAUGUAUAGACAUAAAUAGCCAUGCAAAAAUAAAAAAAAAUUGUAAUUAUUCACUUAAAUAUGCAAUAAGUGAAAAUAGCUCAACUUUUGAUUAUGAAGUAAAAGAGAAAAAAAAUUCUUUAAAUAAUUACACAAAUUAUUUUUUCUAUAUAUUUACUUUAGACUUUUUGCCAAAUAUAAGAUUUGAAUCUUACUAUGAAAUAGACAAUAAUAUAUAUCAUUACGAAAAUUCUAAUAUAAUAUCAAAUAGUGAAUAUGUGUCGGAUAGCAAAAUAGUUAUAAAUUCUAUUAGGAACUCAUUAGUUAAUAAUACAAAUGAUGAAGAUAAUGAAGUUUCUAUAAUUAAAAAUAAAAAUAUAGAAAAAUCGACAAAUAAUAUUAGUAAACAUAAAAAGAAAGUUACAAAUUUAAUAAAUGAAAUAAAAAGAAAUGAAGAUAUAAAAGUAUCCUCUUUUUAUAGUAAUAAUAAUCAAAUUUUUUCAUUUGAUGAAAAUGAAAAUUCUUCCAAAAUAAAAGAGCAAAGAAAAAAAAAAAUAGAUGAAGAAAAAAGAAAGAAGAAAAGGCAAAAAAAAUUCAAGAAUAAAAGCAAAUAUAAUUACUUAAAUAAUUUAUCUAAAAGUUAUAUAUAUUUAAUUAAAAGAAUCAAUUUAUUUUCUGAUAACAAUAAUGAAGUUGAUGUAAUUUAUGAAAAAAUUAAUAAAGCAUAUAUUGAUUUAUAUAAUAUUUUUAUAUUUUAUAUUUUUAUACACAAUUUGUUUCCUUGUUGUAUAUGUAGUAUAAAAAUAAAUUAUUCUUUUGUUUCAUUUGAUAUAUUAGAAAUUAUGCUUACAGGACAUUUAAUAAAAGUUAAAAAUAAUGAUGUUAUAAAUUUAGAAUUAGGUAAUAUGAAUAAAUCUAUUCAAGAAAACCUACUCAAACAUUUUUUUAAUCAUUUAGAAAAUUAUUAUAUGGAGAAAUCAGAGUUAUUCUAUAAUACAAAUUUUUUUACUUAUGAUCCCUAUAAAGUUGUUUGUAAAAAAAAAGAAACAAAUGAAUUUUCUCAAUUUGGUUUUAUCACGUCACAAGGAAAUAAAAAAAGUAAAAUAAAUGUUUCAAAUUUUUUUACUAACAAAUUUUGUAAUUUUCGCUUUUUUAAUUUUGGUGAGAAAAUUAAAAAUUUCUUCAAGAGAAAAAGAAACAAAAAUAUGAAUCCAAAGGGAAUGAUUCAAAAAGAAAAAGACAAAAAAAAAAAAAAAAUAAAUAAAUUUCAUUUAUUAUUAAAAAAAGGAGAAAGAAAAAAUCAAUCUACUUCUGAAGUAAACAACCUAAAUGAAAGUUUAUUAUUAUUCAAUCAAUUAAAAAAUUAUAUUUUAUUAGAAAACAGAAAAAACUUAUACGAAAAUUAUACAGAAAAUAAAUUUUCUUCAAUUAUUAUUACUCCAUUAAAUAUAUUACCAAAUGUGAUAAUAAAAAAAUAUUUUGGGGUUAUAUCUUUGCAUAUAGUGAAAGAAAACAUUAAUUUAAAAAAAUUCGAUUUUUUUUAUCAAAGUUUAAUAUCAGAUAUAUUAUUUAUAGCAAAAUCUCAUAUAAAAGCAAUUGGUGCUAAUUUAAUAUCUUCCUUUAAAAUUACUAAUUUAUUUUUAAGAGAAGAAAAAUCUCAUGGCUAUGCCCUUAUUAGUAUCUGUGGAGAUGUUGCAAAAAUUUGA